AUGGCUGCCGAUGCGUCUGCUACCGCCAAUGGCGGUGCCUCUAAGUCUCUUGCCGCCAUGCUCGAGGCGCAACACGAAGAGGCUCACAAGGUCACUGUUGAAGACCAGCAACCUUCCGCCGCUCCCCCCAUUUUGGAAGCUGUUACCCCCGUCGAGUCGACUGCCCCGUCCCCCGCCCCGAAGCCUGCCGUGAAGAAGUCUCCCGCAUUUGACGUCCGAUCCGAGGAGCUGUUCCCUGCGCUUGGCAGUGGACCGAAGCCCGCUGCUCCCGCUGCGGCAACAUGGGGUGCGAAGAAGCCCUCGGCGGCCGCGGCCGUUGCGAAUGGUCUGCCUCCCCAGCCAUUGGAUGUUCCUCGUGUUAUGUCGCUCCCAGGAAAGCACAUGGAGCAGCUCCGGUUGGCUCCUUCUCAGAUGCAGCCACGCGGAGGCUUGAAGAAGCCUCUGCGGGACAUCUUGCGGGAUAUCUCCCGGCGGUCUAAGGCCACCGUUGACAUGCGUGGUGGCCCCGGCGGCUCAAUUAUCUUCGAAGGAAAGGGCGCUGUCGAUUCCGUUCGACAGGCCCUCAAGGAGGUGGCGCAACAGGUCGGAUCGAAGCAAUCGGUUCGUGUGCCUAUCCCCGCUUCUGCCCGUGCCCACAUCAUCGGCCGCCAAGGCGCAGUCGUUCAAGAUAUCCAAAGCCGCACCGGUGCUCGUGUCCAAGUUCCCCGCGCCGAUGACAAUGCCGCUCCUGCCGACGAUGACGAUAGCGAUACCAUCGAUGUGCUGAUCGAGGGUGAUGCAGUGGCUGCGGAGAUGGCGCGCCGGGAGAUCGAAGCAAUCGUCAAGGAGCGUGGCUCUAACAUGAGCCUUCGCCUGAAGACGAUUCCACCGGAAUUCUUCCCCUUCAUUGCUGGUGCCCACGAUACCGGACUGCGGGAGAUUGAGGAGCGCACAAAGGCACAGGUCCAUGUGCCCCGAUAUGAUACUUGGUCAAGCCAGCCUCCUCCCCAGGAAGCCCACCCUGGCCAGGUUCAGUUUGUGCCUUGUGCCGACAAGCAUAUUCUGAUCUCCGGAGAGCGGGCUGCGGCCCAGGAGGCUCGUGCCGAGGUCGAACGCCUCGCUGCUGAGCUCCAGCGCAGCCUCACUCUUCGCCAGCUUGCAAUCAACCGUGGCCAACAUCAGUUCAUUCUUGGAAAUGAAGCCGAUGCGCUCCACCAGUUCCUUGCUCAGACCGGCUGCGCCAUCGUUCUUCCUCCUGCCUCCGACGAGAGUGAAUUCUUGACCAUCACUGGCCCUCUGAACCAGAUUGAGACUGGUAUCAACCAUGCCAUGGAUCUUGCUACCAGCAUGCAGAUGGCCAGCAUUGACCUGUCCCGUCAACACCCCAGUGCCCCCGCUGGUCCUCACGCUCACGCCCGCGCUUUGACACAAUAUCUCCGCCGCCGCCAGGUUAUCAAGCAGCUCGAGUCUGCUUACGAUGCCCACAUUGCGCUGCCCUCCAGUGUUGAUGGGCCCGUGAACUGGGAGGUGUACUCUCGCGAUGGCAAGAACACCAUUCGUGCUCGCUCCGACAUUAUGAACCUCGUCCAAGCCCACCCUCCUUCUCGUCUGCGCCACGUCCCGGUCGACCCCUACUUCCACUCCUACCUGCGCUCGCGCGGUGCGAGCAAGCUACAGGGCGACUAUGGUGUCCACCUGCUGGUGCCGGAUGAUGUUAACAGCACCGAGGUUGUCCUGGUCUAUGAGGGUCCAUCCGCCACUACCUCCAGCUUCGAAGUUCCCCGUCAGCGACCCUCUGCCGUCGAGAUCACCGCAUUUGAGAAGUCGCUGCAGGAGGCCCAGGAGUUCUUGCUGAGCACUCUCGGUAACCAGAGCGAUAUUGUCGCCAAGGCCGUCACCGUUCCUGCCAAGUACCAGGAGAAGGCCCGCAAGUUUAUCAUUCGCGAGCAGGACGCUAAGGGGGAGGACAGCAUCCCCGUGCGAGCUAUUGUUGGCGACGCAAAGGCAUCCAAGUGCGAAGUCGCUCUCCGUGGUCCCUCCGGCCUGGUUGACGAGCUUGCUGCCAAGCUGGAAGCCUUCGUUGUUGAACAGGAGAAGGAUGAUCUGGAGCGUGGAUACACAAACACCUUCGACUUCCCCCAGAAGUAUGCCAACUUCCUCAUCGGCAAGCGUGGCGAGAACAUCAAUAAGCUUCGUGAGGAGUUCGAUGUUGAUAUUAAGGUUGAGAAUGGAAAGGUGGAGGUCAAGGGACCCAAGGCCAAGGCUGAUGCCGCCCGCAUGCGCAUCAUCAACAUGGGCAAGAAGCUGGAGGAUGAGACCACUCACAUCCUGAAGAUUCCCGCCCAGUACCACCGCGAGCUGAUCGGCCAGCGUGGUAACCAGGUCAACCGUCUCCAGGAUCGCUACUCCGUGCGAGUUCAAUUCCCCCGCGCAGCUGUUACAGAUGAUGUUUCCACAACCGACACAGGCAGUGAUGCUGGUGGUGCUCGGGCUGGCCGUCCCCAGCAGGCCGCCGAUGAGGUGUUGGUUAAGGGACCCAGCAAGGGUGCCGACUCCGCUCGUGAUGAGCUUUUGAGUUUGUGGCAGUACGUCGUUGAGACCUCGCACACUGCCAAUGUCUCCGUCGCUCAGAACCAAGUUGCUUCGCUGAUCGGCCAGCGCGGUCGUGAAAUGGAUAAGCUGCGCGCUGAUACCGGUGCUCAAAUCGACGUUCCCAGCGCCAAUGACGCACCGGACGCCUCGGGGCGAGUUCAGAUCCGUAUCAAGGGUACUAAGCAGCAGGUCGCCGAGGCUAAGAAGAUCCUCACUCAACGGGCCAGUGAAUUCGAUGCUACCGUUACCAAGUCGAUUGAGGUGGACAAGAAGUAUCACAAGGCCUUGAUUGGUGGAGGCGGUGCCAACAUCCGGAAGAUCGUCGUUGAUGCUGGCGGUCCCAGUGACGGCAGCGCUGCCCGCAUGGUCCGUUUCCCGCGCCCCGACAGCACCGAAUCUACCAUCCGCCUCGAAGGCAAUGGUAAAAUCGUUGAGAGCAUCAUUGCUGCCAUCGAAACAUUCGUCAAGGAGCGCGCGGAUCAGGUCACCGAGACUCUCGAUGUUCCAACCGCUCAGCACCGCCUGCUGAUUGGUCGCGGUGGUGAGGCUCGUCGCGGAAUCGAAUCGAAGUUCAACGUUACCCUGGAUAUCCCCAAGCAGGGCUCGGGCCGUACCGACAUCAAGCUCAAGGGUCCUAGUAACGCCGUUGCCGAAGCCAAGGAGCACGUUCAGGGUAUGCUGAAGGAGCAGCACGCCGAGACUGCCGAAGUCCCAACCUACCUGCACCACGUCGUUGCCGACAACGGCGCUUUCUUCCGUCGCCUGCGCAAUGAAUACCAGGUUACCGUCGACCACGCCGCUGCCUCCGAUGCCCACUCGUGGAACGUGGUCGAUAACGCUAAGACUGCCGAUGCCGAUGUCAGCCCCUUCCCCUGGGUUCUGACCGGUUCUCCCGAGAGCGUGGCUAAGGCUCGUGCCGCCAUCACCAAGGCGAUUGAUAACGCGCAGCAGCAAUCCGCCAUCGGCUACUUGAUUCUGCCUGACCCCAAGACCUACCGUUACGUUGUCGGUCAGGGUGGUAGCCAGAUCAACGCCAUCCGCAAGAAGACCGGUUGCCGCAUCAACGUACCCAAGGACCAGGCUCAGGGUGAGGCGAUUGAGAUCCGUGGCAGCUCUGCUGGUUUGGAGGAAGCCAAGGAUAUGAUUCUGGAAGCUGUUCAGAACGGUCUGAAUGGCUCUGCCCGGUAA